AUGCUUUUUCUCUCGCUGGGCCGGUCGACGACCCGGCGACCUCACUUCCUACUCUUCUUGGUUCUCGUUAUCGCCUUCGUCGCGCAAAUAGCCCAUGCCCAAGAUGACUCGGAUUCAUCGGAUAACAACAAUGACAGCAACAGCACCGACACCUCGAACAGUACCACAUCAAGCACGACAACGGAUAAUUAUCCCGUCAUGACGGUCCCCCCUACAGAUGACGCACCAUAUAUGCAAAAGUCCACCGCCCCUGAAGGAACCGUGUUCAUCGCUGUCGGCGCUGUCCUAGGCGCAAUCGGCCUCUCCAUCCUCGCAUGGCGGGGCAUCGUGGCAUGGUCCGUAAACCGCUCCGUCCGCCGCGCUGCAAUUAUGCACUCCUCCGAGAACAAGGGCCUGCUCGGCGGCAAGAGAAAGAAGAAGCGCUCCGGCCGAUCCCACUCCCACUCCCAAUCACGCCACAGCCACACGCACCACAACGCUGUCAGCCUCGAGAAGAUCAGCGGCAGCGGAAACAAUCGUCAUAGCUCGUACAGGGACUCACGCGCCUCCAAGAUCCCAACCUCCGGCAGCGGCCUGUUCUUUUCACCAACAGCAGGCAUGCAGAAUGCCGGCAACCGAGGCUCCAGUUACCUUCCUGCUGGCUACUACUCGGCGGGCACGGCCGCCGCGGGUCUCGCUCAGAACGUCGGCCUCUCUGCUGAAAGCCUGCCACCCCAGGCUCGGGGUUACACACGUACGGGCUCCGGCCCUUCGCCUCCUGCUACGCCAUUGUCCCCUCCUCCGGCUCCCGUUAUGCACGAGGCCCCGCGAUACAGCAAUAGCAACCUCCGGCAGUCGUACGCUGCUGAUGGGUCGACGAGUAGCGUGAACCUGACAUCCCCGCCUGUCGGCCGGACACCGAGUGCAUAUCUGGAAGAUCUCUUCGAGAGCCAUCAGAAUCCGCCUCACUCUCCCAACAGACCUCAUCACUGA